UGAACAAUUGCUAUUCACUUUCCGUCCUACGGUUCCUCUACACACACAACCUACCAAACUCUCUCACUUCCGCGUUCAGUUUUUCAACAUUUCAGCUUCAAAAACCAAUUGAUUACAAAGAUGUCUGCUCAAAGGCCAACCGUGGUUCCCUUCCCUCAUUUCGACAAGGAUGUUGAUUCACAGGCCCUACGCAAGGCCAUGAAAGGACUAGGCACCGAUGAGAAGGCCAUUAUCAACAUUAUUUGUUACCGUACCAACGCUCAAAGGCAGGAAAUCAAGAUACACUACAAGACUGCUUUUGGACGGGAUCUCUUGGAUGACCUGAAGAGUGAGCUCGGUGGUGACUUUGAGGAUGUUAUCCUAGGAUUGAUGGACACACCAGCCAUGUUCGAUGCCAGGUGCCUCAAGAGGGCUAUGAAGGGUGCAGGUACCGAUGAAGAUGCUAUCUUGGAGAUUCUUUGCGCCCGUACCAACGCGCAAAUUGCCGAGAUCAAGAAGGCCUACAAGUUGGGAGGUUUUGGCAGCAAAGAUCUUGAGAAGGAUUUGAAAGGAGAAACCAGUGGUGACCUGAAGAGACUUCUCGUCGGUCUCUCUGUGGGAGGGCGUGAUGAAGGUGCAGGGGUUGAUCCUACUAAAGUCCAGGCCGACGCCCAAGCCCUCUACGAGGCUGGAGCAGCAAAGUGGGGUACGGAUGAGUCUGAGUUUCAGCGUAUCAUUGGCGGUCGCAGUCGGGAGCAUCUCCGUCAGGUUUUCGCUGCUUACGGUUCGUUGACGAGUAAAUCGAUCGAAGAUGCAAUCAAGAGCGAGAUGUCUGGUAACGUGAAGACGGGAUACCUCAAUCUGGUCCGAUUCAUCAAUGACCCCAUUCAGUACUAUGUGGACAAACUGCACAAGGCAAUGAAGGGCUUAGGUACCGACGAGGCAGUCCUUGUAAGGGUCUUUGUCAUGCGUUGCGAGAUCGACCUGGGAGACAUCGCCCACAGCUACCGCGCCCACCAUAGCAAGAGCUUGGCCGAUGCGAUCAAGAGUGAAGUUGGGGGAGACUUCAGGCGAGCACUUGAUGCGCUUCUCUCUUAGAUUCCAGCGGGUUCUCGUUCUGGACUGGAAAUAAUUCGUGUCAGAUAUUGAUGAGUUUCGCACAUCUCAAAUCUCUUUUACCUAUAAAGGAUAUAACCAGGAAAAUAAUGCUUCCCGCAUCCCCCUUAAGUGAUCUGUCACUCACCUUCAAAUUUGAUACCCUAAAAACUCAUGAAAAAUGUGAUAACCUGUUUAAAUUGGCAGGUACUUUUCAGAAACUUUCCCCCCAACCAGCUGACAUUAAAUGCCCCCCCCCCCGGCCCACACACACCCAAAGGGCACCUGAAAAUUUGGAUAAACCUUUAUUAUUUAUAUUAACACAUAUUUUCAUAAUCAUCCCUCCCCCUUAAACAAAAAGAAGAAAGAAAGAAAAAAAAAA